AGCCCACCUUCCAAAUAUCUACGCCAGUUGCUUAGGAGUAGGCUAAUUUAUGGCUCGUUUGGAUGAUGAGAUAAGACGGUUUUAGAUGGGUUGAAUAAAAUAUUGUUAUAAUAUUAUUUUUUUAAUAUUAUUAUUAUUUUGGGAUUGAAAAAAGUUAAAUUGUUUAUUAUAUAUUGUAUGAAAAUUUAGAAAAAUUGUAAUGAUGACAUGAGAUGGGUUGAAGAUGUUUUUGUAUAGAAAACGGGACCUUAAUUCGCCCAUAACCAAUAGAGUUUGGACGUGUCAUAAGAUACUAGCCUUCUCUGUUUAGAAAGAUGGUGGGAAAAUCGAGACUAGAGUUCAUAAUAUAAUUGAGUUUUAAGGGCAAAAACUGAGGAAAGCCUGCAUGCACAAUUGCACAUAAGCAUCAGCUUAUUCUCAUCAAAAUUAACUGUCAGGAACAAUAUUGUUCGGGGUGUUCUUCAGUUGUUUUACUCGACAAAAUCAGCACUUUGGUAUCUCAAAACACAUCAAAAGCAGUUCCAGAAACAGCGUAAGAAAUGGCUGAUUAUUUCAUCAUCCACAUCUCUGUCUCAUGUCUCAACAGCUAGUGCAUGGGAUGCGAGGAAACGCGCUCUACGCCGUAUGGCUUGUGUUCAUCACGCAACGACCCGCAUAGGUGCCCCUGACAGUGCUACCCGCCGAGUAGGUCUGGUGCUCGUAGUUUUCAGGCGGGGUUUUGGACUAGUGGAGGAUGAUGGGUUUGACGAUUUUGGAGGAAGAUGGUGGUCUUCCUGCGGUUGAGAACAAAGUUGGAAGGAAUUUGUUUGAAUGGAGGAUUCAUAUAUGCUUGCAAAUACUUGAGAAGAAGAUGCCCUUCACAUUGCAUUUUCUCUCCCUAUUUCCCUCCCAAUGAUCCUCAAAGAUUCGCUUGCGUUCACAGAAUCUAUGGUGCUAGUAAUGUUGGAAAGAUGCUCCAGCAACUGCCACCACAUCUCCGAGCUCAAACGGCGGAUACUUUGUAUACGGAAGCAAAAUGUCGUAUUCAAGACCCUGUUUAUGGAUGUGUUGGUAUCAUCUCUCACUUACAUCAACAAAUACAUAUUGCAGAAAGCCAGCUAGCUAAAACCCAAGCUGAAAUUGCAGUUCUCAAUUCCAUUGCGCGUGAAGCCCAGGUUCAGGAAAUUGAAGCCGAUUCCAACUUCUUCAACGAUUUAUUGCCGGAAGAGAUCAGUGCUGCUGGCCUGAGGUCCUAUGGCUAUGGCCCUCGUUCCACUCAAGCUUUUAGGUUUAAUUAAGCAGAAUUUGUUUCAAAUGAUGAAUAAUGGUUUGGUUUUUUUAAACCGACUUGUACAUCUUUCAAAUUAAUAUUGGUCACUGGUUCACUCAAAUAAAGACUUUCCUGUUGCCAAAAGGGGAAAAAAAGGGUCUUGAAUUUA